AUAUUUGUUAGUAGCGUUGAAGCAUUUUGCUAAGGGUUCCGGCCGUUGGGUGUGGCUCUUGCAAAUUGUGACCUGGCUUAAUUUGGGUGGGUUCUCCCACACCUUUUUCCCCUUUACCCAGAAAACUGCUUCUCUUCACACACUUUUGCCCCCCCCCAAACCUCCCUGCCCCAGAGGCCUUGCAGACUCUUCAGGCCUGAACAUGUGAAAUUUCGCGAUCUGUGCACGAACCAUGCCCAGCCCAGAGCAAGGUGUGCCGUCCCAUGCCAUCGUUCAGUACCUCACAAGUAUCAGGAUUCAUGUCCAGCCUUGGAAGACCAGUCCUAGCCAGGAGAACAGCACUCUGUCUCCUCCGUCCAGUGGUCUGUUUGGCGUUCCGCUGCAUUUGCUGCCCCUUUCGGAGCAUGUAGAAGGGGUGCCACAGUUCCUUGUGGACGCCUGCGAGCUGCUGCGACCCCACCUUCAUGUGGAAGGCCUCUUCCGGAAAUGCGGAUCCAUGACUCGUAUCAAAGCCUUGAAGGCCCGGCUGGAGGCUGGCGAGCGCUGCUUGGCGAUGGCUCUCCCGUGCGACGUGGCCACCUUGGUGAAGCAGUUCCUGAGGGAGCUGCCUGAGCCCCUGAUCCCAGCUGGGAUCCAGGGGCCUUUGUGCCAGGUCCAGCAGCAAGAGGACGGCGACCCGGGCCCGCUGACUCUCCUGCUCACCUCCCUGCUGCCCCAAAGGAGCACCCACCUCCUCCGCUAUUUCUUCAGGUUCCUGCAGGAUGUGGCUUCCAGGUGUGCCCAGAACAAAAUGGACUUGGCCAACCUGGCGGUCAUCUUUGCCCCCACCCUCUUCCCCAACGAGGUUUGCAGCCAGCUGGAUGGCAGAGCUGAGGAGCAGCUGCAGAGGCAGGCAGCCGUGGUCCACGCUUUGAUCAGCCACGCGGCGGAGAUCGGCACAAUUCCUGAGCUUCUCCUGGAAAAAGUCCAAGCUGCCUGCUCAGAUGCAGAAACCAAGAGGCUGUCCCCACCAGGCCCAGAAGACGCUGGAGAAAAGCACGUCGAAGGGAGGAGGAGGAGGAGGAGGAGGCAACGGAGCAUGGGCAACAUCGUCACCGAAGCCCUGAGCAAGUUCAAGACGGGCCGAGCCCCUGGCGCUGCUCCUUCCCAGGAGAUUCGCGAGGGCUUCCCUGGUAACAGGACUCUGAAAGCAUCUUUCAAGUCCAAGAGGAAGGCCUCCGAUGAUGUGGCCGGGGCUACUGAACUUUCAGCCAAGAAGAGGAGGUCAUCCUUGGAUCCAGCAAACUCGGAUCCCUUUGGGGAUGCUGUGCCCCUGUUCGAUCGACCGGCGGAUGUGGGUACCUCGCAAGCUCCUACAAGCCCUGCUCCCGUUUCUCCCAGAGGAAAUUCCAGUCCGUUCUCCGAUCUAGGGCGCUUCCCGGGAGACCCAUGGACCCCGGCUGUGAAAACUCAGAGGAGAAGGAGCAGCGGCAGAAAACGCCCCCAAAGGAAGCAUUCCGCUCUGACUCCCCCCUGCCGCUCCCCGGCGCCUUUUGAGCGGAAGGACGCAGGGCGCAAAUCCUUCAGCAUCUUCUCCCGCAACAGCAAGGAUCAGCAACCGCUUCCUGCCUCCGCCAAAGCAGCACAACCAAACAGCAGUCUUCAGACGAAGAAGAUGGCGACCGAGGCCUUGGAAAUCCCAACAACCCAGCAGAGAUGGGCCUGGCUGCAUUCACACAAACUCAGAGAAAGUGAGCUAGGAUCUACAAGCCAGCCACCCCACGAAAAUGCUUGCGGCCCUAGCUACACAAAUCCAGAGGCCGGACAUGCUGCGGUGAGAUGUAAACACGGGGCUGGGCGAAAUCCCUGUUUGGAUGCUGUCAACUAUGCACACCAGGAGCCGGAUUCGGGUGCCUUGGUAGCGGAGGCCGAGCUGCCAGAUCCUCUACCCAGACACCGCAGAGUUCUACGGCGGUCGGUGAGCUGGCCUGAAGAGCUUUCGGUGAGGGCUGCCACAGAAGACGGCGAAAUGGAUUUCUCUCCGGACGAGGCUGCUGUCGGCCCAGGAGCACAUCAAGCCCAGAGCUUUGGCCUAGCUGAGCAAGAGCAGCCUGGCAUGGAAGUAUUAGUAGCAGGCAUGAGGCAACUGGGCAUCCCCGCUGUUUGUGUCACCCUGGCAGACGGCUGCCCAGAGAACGGGCCCGGCGCCCUGCCCCAAAGGAUGCUUCCCUCGGAUCCUGGCUCCCCCAUCACUCUGGCCGACCGCUUCCGCCACCUCCACGAGGCUCCCAUAACCGGCCUCAAGCGCCUGACCCUCAGCUUCCAGCGGGCACCGCCCCAGCCUGACAAAGGGCCGGAGGCCGUGAAGCUCAGCGUCCCCAAACGCAAGGCGGGGCGCCGCUUUGGCCGGUCGGUGAGCCACGAGAGCGGCCUGCCCUUGCAGGCCGGACAGGAGGUGCAGGCUGGGCACGGGGCGACAAGGGGAGCCCCCGGGCUGCCCUCCAGGAGCCCCUUGCAGUCCUUCAAGGCCUACGGGCGGCAGAUCUGCCUAACCCGGAAAAACAUCCUGAUGUCCCUGGCCGGGCUGCGUGGCAAAAGGGAGGCGCCGAGGCCUCCGAACUCCGGCCUGCCGAGCCAGGAUCCCCCAAGCGCCAACUGGAGCACCUGCUAGAGGGAAAGAGGAGUUGGACCUAUGGCUUUGGUGGUGGCAGGAUUAGGCAGCUCGUGGCCGACCCAAACUCCCUGGACUUGCGGCAAAACAUGGCUGUAGCCCGUGACCCAACGGCAGCUAGUUUUUCAGCCUGGUGGGGUUAAUCCUCUCCUGUCUGUUUCUACUGCAAACAAUCCCCGAAGGUGGGGCUGUCCCCACCAGAAACUGUUUUCCUUCGCUCAGCAUGGGGACCCUGUGGAACCUCCAGAUGUCGUCGGACUACGACUCCCAUCGUCCCUGCCCCUGC